CUUCACCAAAGAAAUGGCAUCAUUAAACUCUUGGCUUGUCGCGGUUUUCAUAAUCCUCCCAUCUACUUCCUUUGCUUUCUUGGACUCAACCAUCCCAGACAACUUUUUUAACUGCAUCCGUUUGAAUUCCAAUUUCUCAGCCCCAUUCUCCUCAGCUUUCUUCACCCCUAACGAUGCCUCAUUCAGCACCAUUCUCGAAUCCACGGCACAAAACCUUAGGUACUUGGUACCAUCUGUCCCGAAACCUAAGCUAAUUUUCAUGCCAACGGCCGAAUCACACGUCCAGGCCGCUGUUAUAUGCGCGAAACAACUCGGUAUUCAGCUUAGACCCCGUAGCGGGGGGCACGACUAUGAAGGCCUCUCGUUUGCUUCCGGAAUGGAAGCACCAUUUGUUAUCCUUGACCUCUCCAAGCUGCGAGCAGUCAAGGUAAACGUAGAGGCCAACACCGCUUGGGUUGAGGCCGGGGCCACACUAGGGGAAGUCUAUUACAGGAUUUCACAGAAAAGCAAUACUCUAGGCUUCCCGGCCGGGCUAUGUCCCAGCCUCGGAGUGGGCGGGCACAUAAGCGGAGGAGGGUACGGCACCAUUAUGAGAAGGCACGGCCUGGCGGUUGACAAUGUCGAAGACGCCCGGAUUGUCGACGCCAACGGGAGGAUUCGGGACCGGCAAGCCAUGGGAGAGGAGCUGUUCUGGGCGAUCAGGGGUGGCAGCGCCUCCAGCUUCGGGAUCAUACUGUCCUGGAAGCUAAGCCUGGUCCCCGUCCCCUCCACCGUCACCGUUUUCACCGUCGCGAAAACCCUCGAAGACGGCGGCACCAAAAUCAUGCACAAAUGGCUAAACAUCGCCGACAAACUCCACGAUGACCUCUUCAUCAGGGUUGUCACGUCGGUGGUCAACGGCACCGGAAAAGGCCAGACGACGGUCCAAACGGCCUAUAACUCCGUGUUCCUGGGGUCUUCCGACCGGCUUUUGCAGAUCAUGGGAGAGAGUUUCCCGGAGCUGGGACUAACCAAACAAGACUGCACGGAGAUGAGCUGGAUCGAAUCGGUCCUGUACAUCGCCGGAUACCCAGCAAACACCCCGCCGGAGGUUCUGCUCCAGGGGAAAUCUCUGUUCAAGAACUACUUCAAAGCGAAGUCAGAUUUCAUCACAGAACCCAUCCCGGAAACAGGGCUGGAAGGCAUGUGGAAGAAGCUCCGGGAAGAAGACUCGCCGCUGGUGAUAUGGAAUCCGUUCGGCGGGAUGAUGGGGAAAAUCCCAGAAUGGCAGACCCCAUUCCCGCACAGGAAAGGUGUCAUCUGCAUGAUGCAGUAUCUGACUCUCUGGAACGACCCUUCGAAGGAAUCUGAGAAGAAGCACAUGGACUGGAUGCGAGGCCUGCACGAUUACAUGGCGGAUUAUGCAUCCAAAUUCCCCAGAGAGGCGUAUGUGAAUUACAGGGAUCUGGAUCUGGGGACGAACAAGAGCGGGAAUGCCACCUUUGAUCAGGCUAUGUCUUGGGGUUACAAGUACUAUAAGGACAACUUUCUGAGGCUGGUUCUUGCGAAGACCAAAUUUGACCCCGACAACUUCUUCCAACAUGAGCAGAGCAUCCCUCUGCUUCCUCUGUCCAUGGGGAAUCCUCCAUUCAUGAUAGGGGAGCAGACAAUGGCCCAUUGAUUGAUAUGCCAAAGUGUAGAUUUGUUGUUUAAUACAGUGGUAGCUUAUAUUCAUUCCGUCUAAUAAUCCCUCUGCUCGGAGACUGUAUUCAUACUCCGCAUAUCAAUGGGAAUGUUUAAAAUUGUUAUCUGGAUAACUGUUAACUUAGGUCAUGUGCAUAUGCAGUACGAGUAAAAGCUUGUAUAAAACCAUGUUUAAUUUAGAUGAAUAUGUUAAUUUUAAUUAUAAAGAUAAUUUGUUCUAUAGAAACUAAUUCUCUA